UUAAUUUUAUUACAGUUUGAUCAUUUUCUAAAUUUGUAUUGUAUAUUAAUUCUUAAUAUACGGGUUUGAUUUUAGUUAGGGAAAAACCCUUGUUUGAUUAUUAGUGUUUGAUUUUAGUGUUUCUGAAAUAGUUAAUUCGUAAAAAUCGUAAGAGCUUCUAUGCGGAUAGUAAUCACAUCUCUGAGACUUGUCAAUUGUAAUUACAUCUGUGUAGAUUGUGUUGCUAUUAAAUUACCAGCACCCUGUUCUACUCCGGGAUAGUCCCAAGUAGUUAUGACAAUAGCCUGACAUGCUGAUUACCAGUGGAUGUAUGCAAUCGAACGGAUACAUAACGUUAAUUAGUGAGUAGAAUAUUAUUCAUGUGAAAUUUUAAUUGUCAACAAUGAUUUUGGCACUGGACGGUUAAUCAUACAUGUAGGUUACAAUCUGGAGAGCUCUUUAGGUUUCAUCACUAACCUAUCUGCAAAUUCUUUAGCUUUCUAUAUCCCCAUCAACUUAGGUAUGUUGCCCUGUGAAUAUCCAAAUAUUUCCCCGCUGUUCUGGUUUUUAUAUUAACGGAGACGAUCACGGCUGGUUGUUAAAUAACGUAUGCAUUUGGAGUGUCAGUAUUCGUUUUUGUUUUUUGGACUACCCUUUCGUAAUAUCAUUAAACCAGUUGAUGGCUGGUGAGUGGUGAUUUUAGCAUCAAAUCUUUCUCAACGUUCUUGAUUUUACUAUGAACUAUUCUUUUUUGUAUUUCCUUACGGAAGGCAAAAUGCUGUCGACAUCCAAUGAAAUUGAGUUUUAAAAUCGACAUCAAACAUUUCAAGUGCUUAAACGAGCAUGGCACAGCUUUUCGAAGUUCUUUACAUCCAGAAUAUCAUUAAUUACUUGAAACAGCAAGCCAAUACAUCUUGCAUAUCUUCUCAAUCUUUAUACUUUUAUUUCAUUCCCAUCUCCUAUCAUGGCUUUUCAUACUACAGAAACCUCCAAGAGUUUAGCAGUCUUGUGCACAUUAUGUUAGACUUGGAUACGUGCAGAUUUGUAAUAAGUAUCUCUCCCUGCUCAAUGCCGCCUUCAUGAAUAGGAAUGUGAACAGUCAAGAAGAGAACUUACUUUUUUUUCAUUUUAUUUGUGUAGUACGUUGAUUUUCAUCUUCCUUCGAAGAACAUUCCAAAUGUGACUAAUUGGUUUCUCUAUAAUAGAAAGUUUCAGUACUGCAUUUGAUAUUUUAAUAUAACAAAACUAUCAAAUUUUUUUACUAACUUGACAUAUGAUAUAACAUAACCAUUUCAUUUUUUUAUAUUGAAUUAAUGGUGGGAAAUUUUUGGCAUGAGUUGGUUGUUUUGUCAUUGUUAAGCUUAGAUGGAUAAAAGUUGGAUGCAGAAGGGUAGAUGUCGUCCUGACUAUUUCCGUGGAUGCGAUGAAUUCAUAAAUUUUGCUUGGUCUCAGCAUACUCCUGAUUUAGGUGGGAGUAUUUUUUGCCCCUGUUUGAGAUGCAAUAAUGUGAACUGCUUGGGUAGAGAUGUAGUGCGAGAGCACAUUCGAGAGAAUGGAAUAACACAUAUUUACACUCGUUGGACAAAACAUGGAGAACCUGAAGAGCUAGUUAAUAAUGUUGAGGAAGAAGUCACAAAUGUUAUAGGUGGGGGUGAUAUGCAUGGGAUGUUACAAACUGCGUUCCCUGAAUCAAGGUUUUUCGCUGGGGAUGGUAAAGUUCCAGAUCAAGCCAAUAUAAAUGGAUAAGUCAGCAUGAUCGUAUUCCAGAUGAGCCGCAUGUGGAGGCCCAGAAAUUUUAUAAGUUGUUGAAAGAUGCAGAAACACUGUUAUUCCCUAGAUGUACAACAACUUCGAAAUUAUCUUUUCUUGUCUCGAUGUUACACCAUAAGUGUACUAAUGGGUUGAGUAACAAAGCUUUUGACGAGUAUUGUACUUUAUUAAGGUCCACGAAAACUUUUCCAGAUAGCAGUAUCCCUAAGAAUUACUAUGAAGCACAAAAAAAAUUCGAGAUCUUGGUAUGGAAUGUGUUAAAAUAGAUGCAUGCCCAAAUGAUUGUAUGUUAUAUUGGAAGGAUAAUCGUGAUAAGUAAAGGUGCGAUGCCUGCGGUGAAUCUAGAUGGAUAUCAGGUACAUGUCAAUCUAGAAAAGAAGUAGCAAGUGAAAACAGAAAACCAAGAGAAAAGCUGCCAAGGUUUUGAGUUGGUUUCUGUUAAUACCACUGCUUCAAAGGUAUUAUAUGUCCCCUAAAACCACAGAGGAUAUGAUAUGGAAUGAUAAAGAGCGUACCAAAGAUGGUGUUUUAAGGCAUCCGGCAGACUCGCAAUGUUGGAAACCUUUGACGAAAAGUUCGGGUAUUUGGUUCAGAACGUCGCAAUGUUAGACUCGGGUUAGCCAGUGAUGGGUUCGAUCUUUUUGGUCUUAUGGGUACUGGUCACAGUACAUGGCCAGUCUUUUUUACUUCUUAUAAUUUGUCGCCAGAGAAGUGUAUGAAGCAACCCUAUUUUAUCAUGUGUUUGCUUAUUCCUGGGUCUAAGGGUCCUGGGAAUAAUAUUGAUGUAUACUUACAGCCACUAAUCGAAGAGCUAAAGGAAUUGUGGAAAAAGGGAAUUGAGACGUAUGAUGCUUAUUCCAAGCAGAACCUCCAAAUGCGUGCAGCUCUCUUAUGGACUAUUAAUGACUUUCCAGCAUAUGCCAACCUGUCAUGAUGGAGUACUAAAGGCUAUCUCGCUUGCCCAUGUUUCCACAAGGAUACAAGUUCAGUAAGAUUGCGAAAUGGGAGAAAAAAUGUUUAUUUAGGGCAUCGGAGAUUCUUAAUUAUUGGUCAUCGGUUACGAAGCAACCUGAGCUCGUUUAAUGGCCGCAAAGAACAUGAUAGUACACCAAAACCUUUAACCGGUGAGGAACAUGAUAGUACACCAAAACCUUUAACCGGUGAGGAUGUUCUUCGACAGUUCCGUGGUUAUCAUUAAAUCACUUUUGGAAAGGAAGAACAUGUUGUGUGUGGGGAGAAAAGAAGGAGGGAUGACAAUGAGUUUCCUUAUAAUUGGAAGAAUAUAAGCAUUUUCUUCGAACUACCUUAAUGGAAAGAUCUUCUCUUACUACACAAUAUUGAUGUUAUGCAUGCCGAGAAGAAUAACAGCGAGAGUUGGAUAGGGACACUGUUGAACAUAGAGGGUAAGACAAAAGAUAACUUGAACGCUCGGGAAUAUUUGAAAGUAUUGGGUAUACGUGGACCACUUCACCCUGAAGCUUUGGGGAACAACAAAUUCUACCUUCCUCCAGCAAAGUAUACCAUGUCUUUGGCAGAGAGGAGGAAAAUUUGUCAAUUCUUGCGUGACCUAAAGGUUCCCGAUAGUUAUUCAUCGAAUAUUUCGCAGCACGUUCAGGUACAAGAAUGCAAGAUUCCCGGGAUAAAGAGUCAUGACUGGCAUGUUCUUAUGCAACAACUUUUUCCUGUUGCGGUGCGUGGUAUCUUACACGAUGACGUAACCAGAGUUUUAGUUGAGUUUUCUGAUUUUUACACUCAAUUAUGCUCCAAGACAUUGAAAACCGAAGAUUUGGAGGCGCUUAAAAAAAUUAUCUCACUUUGUGCAAAAUGGAGAUGAUAUUCCCUCCUUCAUUUUUCGAUAUUAUGACACACUUGCCUAUUCAUCUAGCAGGAGAAGCGAUAAUUGCUGGACCUGUUCAUUACCGGUGGAUGUAUCCAAUCGAACUGUACUUGUACACCUUGAAAAAGUAUGUGCGAAAUAAAAGUCAACCUGAGGGAUCGAUUGCACAAGUGUAUCUUGUUGAUGAAUGCCUGACAUUUUGCUCGAGAUACUUGAGUGUUGAGAUUAAUACAAAGUUCAACCAGAUAGGGAGAAAUAGUGAUGGUGAUGGUGCAACAACAUCUAGUCAUGAAUUGCCUAUCUUUGAAGAAGCAUGUCGUUUUUUAGGGAAACCAAUUUUCCGAAAUUUAUCUGACAGUGAGUGGGAGGAAGCUCGAAUGUAUGUGUUGAGUAAUUGUGAUGAACUUCUUCCGUUCAUCGAGAAACACAAGAAAACAAUUCGUGAUAAAUAUGGAGGGAAAAAUCGUGAUAAUGAGUUGGAGCAUUGGCAUGCCAAAAUAUUCGGUAGUUGGUUCGAGAACCAUGUUUCACACAACUGAUCAUGAGAAGAACAGAAACACACAGAACAACGGUGUUUGUGUUAAUGUACAGACUUCAAAUAAAGAUAGUAUUGAAUCUAUUGAUUAUUACGGUAGAUUAGAUGAAGUCGUGGCAUUACAGUAUCGCGGGGGGAACCAAGUUGUUUUAUUCGAUUGUUAUUGGUGGGAUAUUACCGAGACAAGAAAGAAGCAACGAGAUGCAUUUGGGUUUACGUCGUUGAAUUUCACAAGAACCAUAGCCAAAAAUCAACCUUUUAUGCUUGCAAAGCAAGCACAUCAAUUUUUUUUAUCUUCGGGACAAUAAGGACAAGAAUCGCCAAAUUGUACUUAAAAUGCAGGCAAGGGAUCACUACAGUUUGGGGACAUCGGAAGUUGAGCUUAUCCAAGAAGAUUCAUCCCACACAGAUAACGUAAUUAGUGCGACUGAAAUUGGCCAAGACUUUGGGAGUUGUACCCGAAAUGAAAUUGGAUGCGAAGAGAUGAUUAGAAGUACAACUGACGGUGAUAAAGGAGAUCUAAAUAAUGACAGUGAUAUUGAUCACAGUGAUUAUUUUAGUUAGUGUGAAAGAGAUGAUCUCGUCUAACAUAAAGUCAAAGUUACUACUGAAUGCUACUUUUUAUUUGAUGUUUUCCUGUUUUAUUUUAGGUUGAAUUACUUUCAAUUCUCACUUAAAUUUUAUUUUCUUUCAUUUAUCCGA